AGAUGGAGCAGGGGGAGGUCUCCUGAUUCCCUACCCCCGGUUCGGCCGUGGUGCCUGUGACGUCAGCACGACCCUUUGUGGGAGGCGGAGUCCCCGGGAGCAGAGGGUGGGAUGGGAGAAGCCUCUGGUCCCCAGGAUAACCCGCCGGCCCUUGCGGUCCCAAGCCCCUUAGGUUUGGUGGUGGUGGUGGGCGUGGCUACGACCGAGAAGGCGGAGCCAAUGGGGCGUUUGACAGACGCCCCGCCUUGGCUACGUCAUCCGUGGUUCUGCGGAGGGCGGGGCCGCGGCGGGUCACGGUCACCUAGACAACUGUCCCUCCUGCGCCAAGGUGGAGUCCAGCCUUUGGCUCUUUUGCUGUGUUGUGUCUCAGGACCUUCCGGGAGGGACACGAUACUUAGCACAUAGCAGCUGUUCAGCAGAUUUUUGUUGAAUAAACAAAAUAAAUGGAUGAAUGAAUGAGAAAGCCUGGCCUGAGUGUUGGAGCCUUGGGUUUAAGUCCUGGACUAGCUGUGUGACCUUGGACAGAUGGCUUCAGCGCCCGAGACUCCCUUCUUCCAUCCAUAUUUAUUGAGGUUUACUAUAGCACUAUCUCCAUCUGACCUAUUACACAGUUAUUUGCUCAUUUGCUUACUAUCUUGUCUUCCCGGGUUAGAAUGGGAGCAGCCUCAGGUCAAGAGCGGUGUUGUUUCCUUUGCUGCUGGAUCCCCAGUGGUUGGCACAUAUUAGGAGUUCAGUGAGGGCCGGCCCCGUGGCUUAGUGGUUACGUGCGAGUGCUCUGCUGCUGGCUGCCCGGGUUCGGAUCCCGGUCGCGCACUGACGCACGGCUUCUCCGGCCAUGCUGAGGCCACGUCCCACAUACAGCAGCUAGAAGGAUGUGCAACUAUGACAUACGACUAUCUACUGGGGCUUUGGAGAAAUAAAUAAAAUUUAAAAAAAAAAAAGUUCAGUGAAUAGUUAUUGAAUGAAUGAAUGAGCUUAGCACAUGCUGGCUCCGUAGCCAUGCUCAAUAAACAUUAACCAUUAUCUUUCACUUGGGCACCUAAAGUGAAUCUGAGUCAGCCUCUCCAACUUUUAUUCACUUACAGCACACUGUUAAGAUGGAGUUUGCAGCCCAGUGAAUCUGAGGGCCAGCACAUGACCCCAUAAAGCAUGAUAACCUUCUGUCCAGACUGUGGUAAACGUAUUGAAACAACAUUCAAAUUCUGCCCCUACUGUGGAAAACCUUUGUCUGCAGAGGAGCAUGAAGGGUCCCAGAUCUUUGUUAGACCUCUUGCAUCAUCCCUCCGAGGCUCAAAGAGAGAGAGGGACGCCAGUUCUGAAAUCUCUCCCAAGAAAGUGAAAUGGUCCAGCUCUGUCACCUCUCCACCAUCAUCCAUCUUCUCAGAUGGUGACAGUUCUGGGUCUGAAGAUACCUUGAGUCCCUGCAAGAGACCCAAAGGGUCCUGGAGCAAACCCCCAACCCCCAAAAGCAGCCCGCAGACGGCCAGGCGAAGCCCUCAGACGCUGAAGCGGAGCCGGGUGACCAUCUCGCUUGAGGCCCUGCCCACGGGGACGGUGCUGAUGGACAAGAGUGGGCGGCACUGGAAGCUGAGGUCCCUCCAGACCAGGAACGACCAGGGCAUUCUCUAUGAAGCCGAGCCCGCCUCCACCUUCGCCUGCGAGUCCAGUCCCCAGAAACAAAGAUUCUCGCUGAAACUAGAUGCCAAGGAUGGGCGCUUGUUCAAUGAGCAGAACUUCUUCCAGCGGGCCGCCAAGUCUUUGCAAGUGAACAAGUGGAAGAGCCUGCACUCCAUCCCCCAGCUGGCCGUCCCCACCUGUGUCGGUUUUGGGGUUCACCAGGACAGGUACAGGUUCUUGGUGUUCCCCAUCCUGGGGAGGAGCCUCCAGUCGGCCCUGGAUGACAACCCCAAGCACGUGAUGUCAGUGAGGUCUGUGUUCCAGAUGGCCUGCCGGCUGCUGGAUGCCCUGGAGUUCCUCCAUGAGAAUGAGUACGUUCAUGGAAAUGUGACAGCUGAGAAUAUCUUCAUAAAUCCAGAGGACCUGAGCCAGGUGACCCUGGCAGGCUACGGCUUCACCUUCCGCUAUUCCCCAGGCGGCAAACACGUGGCCUAUGUCGAAGACAGCAGGAGCCCACAUGAGGGGGACCUCGAGUUCAUUAGCAUGGACCUGCACAAGGGAUGUGGGCCCUCCCGCCGCAGCGACCUCCAGACCCUGGGCUACUGUUUGCUGAAGUGGCUCUAUGGGAUCCUGCCAUGGACAAACUGCCUUCCCAACACCGAGGAGAUCAUGAAGCUGAAACAGAAGUUCCUUGACCACCCGGAGGGCCUCGUGGGAGAACGCAGUCACUGGAUCUGUCCCUCGGAGACGCUGCAGGAGUACCUGAAGGUGGUGAUGGCCCUCAAGUACGACGAGAAGCCGCCCUACGCCCUGCUGAGGAACAAUCUCAAAGCCCUGCUGCGGGAUCUGCGGGCGUCGGCCUACGACCCCCUGGACCUCCAGAUGGUGCUGUAGAACUUUCAACUCACAGUUUGAAAUAGAAAAAAAAGAAGAAGAAAAAAUGUGACUCAGGUCCUGCUGAAGAAUCUCAGAUAACCUUCUGGAAAGAUCCCUUGAAUGUGCACUCCUGCCUCUUCUUAAGGCGAUACUACUCAUUGGUCUCGAUUAGCAUCAGGGAACCCGGCAGUCAGGCCGCGGAUAAUGGGAACUUCCUCCUUUCGCCUGUCCCCUCCUUUCAGUCGUUGUCUCCUGCCAGCAGCUGGGGUUGUGGAUGAAGACCCCCCCAGCUCACAGUCCCCUCAGUGGGCACCUUUCCUACCAUUGGCACCACUAUGCUUUGGUAAUAAAUUGUUUCAUUGGA